AUACAAAUUUUAACAAGCGCGGGAGCCACUUAUGGAUCGUCUAUCUGCGCUGCCUGGGAGCGUCAGAGGCCGUGUACUUCGUGCACCUCGCGGGUGGGCGGAGCUGCCCUAAGAUGCUCCGGGCUCAGAGCACACGGCUGAGUUCCCCCGCGUUCAACGAACCGCCAGAAACGUCAGAGGGACGGAGGAAAGCUUUACACUUUAACAGUAUUUUUACGUUUAUUUCCAGCAAAUGUUGUUGGCUUUGUAUUUAAAGUAUUUAUGAUUCACUAUAAAGUGUAGGAUCCAAGAAAACGCGCUAGUUUCACUUGGCACCUGUGGGUGUCCCGGGGAGCUCUCCAAGGAGGGACUGGCUCCUGGAAGUUCCUGGGGUGCGGCGCCACCACGGACGAACCAAGCUCCACCGAGAGGCCGAAAGCCGCGACCGCCGGGACGCCCUCUCUCAGGCCUCCACCGCCUCAGUGGCCCUUUACAGCCACUGCAUUCCCCAGCCCCCCAGUUAUGUCCCGCGUCGCUCAGCGCCCGGCCCACCCAGCGACCUCAAACCUCGCGACACUUGCAACUCCCGCGGGCCUUCCUGCUACAGGCCUCCUAGGGGCGAGACAUCGGGAAGAUGACUCCGCCCACGGAAAAGAAGAUUUCGUUCUCGCGAGAUCCCAGUGACAAAUCGGCAGCCCGUUCUCGCGGGAUUUUCCAAGGCCGGAUUGGAAGUUGCGGGGGUUAGGAGACUGAGGUCAGAUCCCGAGGAGGAGAUUUGGAGGUCGCAAUGCUGGCCUCCUGUCCUCCACCGGCGGCGGCGGAGCCCGAAAGACCUAGGUGAACACCGCCUUGCCAGCCUCACACAGCGUCCCGUGGCUCUGCCGCCGCUCCGGACGUCGCCUCUCGUUCUCCUUAGGUCCCCUUAGUCGCUACCUUAGCUAGGAUCCCCCUCCUCCAUCCACUGGCUUCGGGUUGCCGGAGAGCGAUGUUCGGAGGGCGACCGGAAGUGGCGUUGGCCGCCAUUGGCCCACCGGCCCGCCACCUCGCGGUCCUCCGCCUUCCGGGUGUUACGUGCAGCCGGGCUCGGCCCCUCCCCCUGGCCGGAUGGAUCCCUCGGCGCCACAGCCCUGCGCGGAAACCGCAGGCAAAGACGUAUGGCACCCAGGAGAAAGAUGUCUUGCCCCUUCUCCAGAUAAUGGAACACUUUGUGAAGCAAGCAUAAAAUCUGUCACAGUGGAUGAAAAUGGCAAGUCAUUUGCAGUUGUCUUAUAUUCAGAUUUUCAAGAAAGGAAAAUACCUCUUAAACAGCUUCAAGAAGUAAAAUUUGUUAAAGAUUGCCCUAGGAAUCUUAUAUUUGAUGAUGAAGAUUUGGAAAAACCUUAUUUCCCAAACCGAAAAUUUCCAUCAUCUUCUGUUGCUUUUAAAUUCUCUGACGAUGGAGACUCUAUUCCUUACACCAUCAAUAGGUAUUUGAGAGACUACCAAAGAGAAGGAGCCCAGUUUCUUUAUGGACACUACAUCCAUGGAAGAGGGUGCAUUCUUGGUGAUGACAUGGGACUUGGAAAAACAGUACAGAAGCAAGUUGCUAGGUCCAGCCAGAACUCAAGGGAAGGAGAUUAAACAGACUGGGAAUACAAAGAGGUGGGUAUUAUUGGAAGUCCUGUCAGAAGCUGCCUACUACUGGGUCUUU